AUGGAUAGCGGUCCCCAACUAUGGCUUGAUAUUUUUCUUUCUUUCUUUCUUUCUUUCUUUCUUUCUUUCUUUCUUUCUUUCUUUCUAAAUUUGUUCCCAUCUAUCUAUCUAUCUAUCUAUCUAUCUAUCUAUCUAUCUAUCUAUCUAUACUUUCUCUCUCUCUCUCUCUCUCUUGCACACAUUCUCUCUUUCUUUCCCCACCUCGCUCACCCUCAUUAUAUUUCAUUAUCUCACAUAUUGUCUCAUUCUUUCUCGUUCUCUCACACACUUUUCUUUAUUUUCAAACUUCUCUUUCUCUCUGUCCCUCUCUCUCUCUCUCUCUCUCUUUCUCAUACACACGUUCUCGUUGAUUCUCUCUCAUACACAUUCUUUCUUUUUUUCUCUUCGUUCUUUUAUCUCUUCCUUUCACAAAAGCAUUUUAUCUUUCCUUUUUUUCAUCUAUCUCUCACGCACAUGCUCUGUCCCUCACACGGUCUCCUUUUCUUCUUUUUUUCUUGUAUUUCUGUCUCUCUCUCUCUCCUCUGUCUCUCUCUCCUCUCUCCCUCUCUCUCUCUCUCCUCUCUCCCUCUCUCUCUCUCCUCUCUCCCUCUCUCUCUCUCUCUCUCUCAACGACACAGACGCUUUGUUCCUUCUUUUUUACUAUCUCUCACAAAUGCAUUUUAUAAUUCCUUUUUACAUCUAUCUCUCAUCCACACACUUUUUCUCUGUGAAUCACAUGGUGUCCUUUUCGUCUUUCUUUUCUUUUAUUUCUAUCUCUCUUAUUCUCUCUCUCUCUCUUGCUUUCUCUACCUCUCACUCUCAAUGACACGCACCCUUUGUUUCUUUCCUUUUCAAUAUCUCACUUUCACCAGCACUCAUAUUCAAUUCCUCCCACACUUUAACAGUCUUUCUCUCCCUUCUCAUACACAAGUUUUUAUUCUUUUUAUUGUUCUCUCUAUCUCUCUUACUUUUUCACCUCUAAUAGCCACUCUUUCCUUUUCUUUCUCUCUCUUACACAUCCUUCCUUUCCUUUUCACUUGUCCUUGCUUCCACCUACUUAUCUUUUUCUUUCCCACUCUUUCACAAACACAUUCAUUUGCUUCCUCAUCUUUCUUUCCUUUUUCUGUCUUUCACAUGCAUAUUCUCUCCCCCCUCCCCCCUCACUCUCUCUUACCGUCUCUUUCUUUUUCUCUACCUCUUUCACACUCAAACAUAUACUCUCCCUCUCACAGACACAUACGCUCUUUUAAAUUCUCCCUCAUUCUGACAUGUAUCUUAUCUCUCUCACAUAAACACUAUACUUCCUUUUCACUCUCUCUUACCGUCACAUAA